AUGCUCGGGGCUCUGGGCCGCACCGGCAGCAGCCUGGUCCGGAUCCUCCAUGCCAGAGACGUGAGAGGAGCGGCCGGGCUCCGGCACUCGGGCGGCGGGGUGCACAUUGAGCCCCACUACCGGCAGUUUCCGAGGCUUACCUGCUGGCAGGUGAUCCACGGCGAGAUCUUCAGGGACUUCACAUGGUUCUGGAUCCUAUGGCACUUCUGGCAUAACCCGGAAUCAGUGCUGGGUCACUUUCCUUACCCAGAUGCUUCAAAAUGGACAGAUGAGGAAUUGGGAAUUCCUCCUGAUGAUGAAGAAUAG